AUGGCAAGUAAACUCGACGAGAUCCCGUUACUCGCGUUGCAGAACAAAGAAACGCAACGAGUGAUCGUCAACGUUGACGAUGACGAUUUGAAUGUCGAUGUCGACGAGAAGGCGUACAGCGUGCGAAGUGUGUCGCUUUGGUUUUCCGAUUUCUUCCACAUUUUCGUCGAUUUCGUACAGUUUUACGCUCUAUUUCUUUCUCUGUCGUUUCGCUGGGCAUGGCCGUACUCGUGGAUUACAGGAAUCAACGGCACGCAGCCGGCAUUUCUUGUCAACGUUGAUGUUUGGAACUUCCGGAAAGUUAUGAGUGGAGCUUACGUAGCCAAGGACACUGAGGUAUACAGCAACAGAGUUGGGCUGGAUUACAUACACUAUAUUGUUGGUUGGAUGAUUGGUGUUGCUACUCUGUGUUUGGUUGCUUUUGGAGUGUGGCUGGUGCUGCACUGUCGCAACUCUUUCUCUGUUUUCGUUCAGAAGGCGUUUCUCAGACGGAUUGUUGUUUUUGUUUGUCAGUUGAUGUGUGUGCCUUAUGGCGUCGCUGCCGCUCGUUUGUUUCAUUGCGUCAGACUGUCGCCAGAUGGAGAGAGUGAGUUGGUGUUGGAGGUGAAGAAUAAUGUGUCGUGUUGGAGUUGGGAGCAUUUGGCUUAUUGUGUUCCAGCGGGAGGGAUUUUUGUGCUUGGAGUUGUUCUUGUUGUAUGCUGGAUGAUCUUUCACAUUAGAUCUCAGCUGUUCUCUCCGUUGCAGAGCCGACAUGAGGGAUAUGUUGAGUUAAAGGAAGCUGAGUAUUCUCAACAGAUGGACGUGUUGUGGGCUGUUGGAAAUUUCUUUCUUUUCUCUUCGUUUAAGCGUCGUUUCGUGUGGUAUCAUCCUUUUAGUUUUGUCAUCAAGGGUGUCUUUGUGAUUCUCUUUGCAUCUCUGUUUUCGUAUCCCACACAACAGAUUAUUACGAUGACUGGGUUCUCAUUGUGUCUCACCAUCUUCUUUCUUGUUGUUCGUCCAUUUCGUUUAGUUGCUUUUAAUGUAUUGCUGGUUAUCUCUUGGUUUGUUCUCGCAUGCUAUGCACUGCUUGGAGCUCUCUUGCAAAUGGAUGUAGAGAAUGCUCUGCUCACUGGAAAGUACCUUGAAGGUGAUCUUAUUGUUCUCUCCUCAUCUGCUGCCAUUCUCUUCUUGUUUGUUCUUGCUUAUCUUGUUCUUCAUCAUUUUCAAAUUUGCUGCUCAAAGCCACUUUGGCCAAGUCUGUUUCAGCCCGGGGCAAAUGGAUUGGAUGAAAACACGGCUCGUUACAUGUGUGCUAUACUUCGAGGUCGUAAAUUAUUGGAAGUGUGUUAUCACACAGCUCCCAUGCUUGCUCCUUCCCAUGAACUUUCAAGGCAAAUCCAAAUCAUCAAUGCGUAUUGUCGGGAGGCAGAACAGCUUGGAGACCCGAUCCAUGACACUUUGUGGGAUUUACUAGACGAAUUGAUUGAAGCACACAACAACGUAUCUUCUGAGUCUAUUUAUUCUGCAUCAUCGAAGAAGACCAUACACAAGAUUGCUAAGGAGUUGAAUGGCUUGAUGCCAGAGUUUCGUCGUCGUCUUGAUCAAAGAGAGCAUGACUUUAUCCUUAUGUCUCCAGUCAAGAGACGCAUGUUGCUUAAAAUGUAUGUGAUUGGUAUAUUUGUUAAUGGACGAGCAGAGAAGCUAAAACUUGCACAGCAGACUGCACACAUCAAGAUAAAGGACGUAUCUCAUAUGGAAGGGAAGCAAAGAAAUGUGAGUAUUGGAACGUUUGCAGGAUCAGUUGUAGAAGAUGAACAUUAUCAAUUUAUGGAUGAAGUUGAAAACGUUCCAGAUGGAAGUUCAACAAGUUUGUCUACCCCACCAUCACGAGGAGGAACAGCCGACAGCAGAGAUAAUCUACUAAAAGAAGUAGAAGAAAUGUUUGGACACGUCUCUCCUGUAGACAUCGAUUAGCCACAGACAGUGGUGUUAAUAGAUAAUUCUAAUGCUAUAAUAGCUAUUAAGUAAAUUGAUUUUGUAGAAUUAGUGUUGGUGCUUGUAUUAUUAUUUUAUGUAGAAACGUGUAUACACACAUAGUUUAGUUGACGUUUAAGUUAAAUAAUAGAGUUUUAUGUGA